AUGGCGUCUGCGAGCGAGAUUCAGCACCCCGACCAACUCAUCACCUCGGACGAUCCAGAGCACCCAGCGAACCUCAUCCCUUCCCUGUGCGCAAAGUUUUGGACCCUCGGCUGGGUCACGGGCACUGGCGGUGGCUGCUCCAUCCGAGAUGACGACCUCGUCUACCUCGCCCCCUCGGGCGUCCAGAAGGAACUCAUGAAGCCCCAGGACAUCUAUGUCCUCUCCCUCGCUGCACAGGAGUCAUCCCUCAAGAACCGCGUCUACCUGCGCUCCCCGCCGUCCUACAAGCCCUCCCAGUGCACCCCGCUCUUCCUUGCCGCCUUCACCCGCCGCGGCGCCGGCUGCUGCAUCCACACGCACUCUCACUGGGCCGUCCUCGUCACCCUGAUCCUCGAGUCCCGCGGCGCCGGAAACGACAAGCUCUUCGAGAUCAACAACAUCGAACAGAUCAAGGGCUUCGGCAAGGGCUUCCAGAAGCAGGGCAACCUCGGUUACCACGACACCCUGCGCAUCCCCGUCAUCGAGAACACGGCUCACGAAGAGGACCUGACUGAGUUCCUCGAGGAGGCUAUGGACAAGUAUCCCGACACCUACGCCGUCCUGGUACGAAGGCACGGCGUCUACGUCUGGGGCGACAACGUCCACAAGGCCAAGACACAAUGCGAGAGCCUGGAUUAUCUAUUCCAACUGGCCGUUGAAAUGAAACAGCUGGGUAUCCCCUGGAUCAGCGACGUUCCAGUCGUUAAGCCUACCCGAACCUAG